CCGACUUCGUAUAAAUAGCGGGCAGAUACCAGACAGAAGCACAUUUCGGCAGCAGCAGUAGCAGCAGCAGGAAGCAGCAUAACCAUGAACACCCUGAUUGUCCUGAGUGCCAUCCUGGCUGUUGCCGUGGCUAAGCCCGGCUACCUGGGGGCCGCCCCCGCCGCAGUCGUCGCCCCCGCCGCUUACGCCGCCCCCGCUGUGGUCGCCGCCCCCGUGCACGCCGGCUACGCCGCCUACGGCCCGGCCCCCGUGGCCGUUCGCUCCGACGGCUACCUGCUGGACACCCCUGCCGUCGCCGCCACCAGGGCCGCCCACCUGACCGCCGUCGCCCAGACCCAGGCCCGUGACGCCGUCGUCAACGGCGCCGCCGCCCUGGCCGCCCACGCCGCCCACGCGUACGCUGCCCAUGCUUACGCCGCCCCCGCUGUGGCGUACGCUGCCCCAGCCCAUGUCGCCUAUGCUGCUCCUGCAGCAUACGCCGCCCCCGGCGCUCUCGCUGCCGCCGCCCAUCUCCACGCUAAGGCUGCUCUGCUCGGCUGAAAUGUCGUCUGUAGAAAAAAUGUGCUGCAUUUUUAAAAUAAUCUACAAAAAAAUAAUAAAUAAUUGAAACCACUA